AUGCAAAGCUGUGAAUUUUGUUUGACGGAAGGACGGGAGUUGUAUUGUUGUCCGAAAUGUAAUGUGAACUACUGCAGUAUAAGAUGUUAUCGUAAUGAGAAGCAUAAUAACUGUACUGAGGUUUUCUAUAAGGAAUGUGUGAAACAGCAAUUGGAAGGAAAACGGUUCGAGGGGAACCCUACUGAUACGUUUGAAGAACGCAUGCAGAAGUAUGUUCGCGGUGAAAUAGAUGAACUUCCAGGCACUGGUAAACCAGAAGAGGAAGGCGAACCAAUAGAUUCAGAUGAUGAGGAUCCAAAUGCUCCCGAAGACAACUAUCUUACAAAUGUUUUGCAAGAUACAAUCGAUGGAUACACUUUGGCCGACGAUGAAUUGGAUCGAAGGCUGUUGGCUAUGGGAUUAGGAGCAGAUGUGGAACAGUUAAUGAGCUCACUUACCGACGAAGAAAAAGCUGCGUUCGCUCAACUUUCCGAACAGAUUUAUCAAAAGGAAGAAGGAUUAGGUACGAGUUGCUUUUCAAGAAAUUGA